CUCAAUUCUCAUUCGGUAUUUCGGUAAAAAAAAAAUUGGUCUAAAUGGUCUCUAAGGUCCAACUUGGUUCUUGUUUGAUUUGCUUCAUUCCGAUCCAGUAAUUAUAUUGAAUAAACGCAACACAGUAAUAACUUUUGUUACACCUGUUUAUUAGUGUGGCCGGCCACAGUGAUGGACGUAAUGAAUUCAUGUCGCUGCUGCCUGCGGUGUGCUCCGGACAUGGACCUGACGACGUCGUACACACAUCUUGGCAAAAUAGAGAUAUAUUCCCAUAUGCUCAAAGACUGUUUUGAUCUACAUUUAUCAGUUGAUGGAGAUGUCUCACGUGGGAUCUGCUUGACUUGCGUGGGCCGCCUGCGAGACGCAAGUGACUUCAAGCUGCAAGUGCAGCGCAGCCAGGCAGAGUUUGAGGCAACACUGCUUGCCAAAGUGGCACCUGUGAUUAAGAUUGAAGUGGUUGAUGAGAGUACGGGUGAUGAAUCUGCAUUUGUCAUGUUAUAUGAAGUACCCGCUGAAAGAGCAGAGAUGGCUGAAGGAGAUGAGUCAGGGGAUGUUUUACAUAAGGAUCCUCUGGUUGAGUCUGAGACGCCUAAUAAUCCGAGUGCCGACGACUCGCCACAGUCGGGGUCGGCCGUCGCGACUUCUUCCAGUGGAGAGAAACUAUACACCUGUGAAGAAUGCAACAAGGGCUUCAGAAAAAAGCGUUUUUUAAGAAAACACAUGCAAGACACGCACAUAUCUUCCGGAAUUUCAUUAGAUUCAACAAUGAACCAACAAUUAAGUGAUACUUCUAGUUCCACAAAGAUUAAAUUGAACAAGAAAGGCGAACAGAUCACAGAAUUAAAGUGUACUCAAUGUGAUUAUACAACAAUUUCCAAGAGAAAUUUUAAUAGACAUAAAAACUAUCACUUUGAUGAGGAACAAUUAAAUUGCAAACAGUGCGAUUAUGUGGCUCGUUAUAAAGGCCACCUGCGUCUACAUCAGGUGAUACAUUCUAGAUCAUCCUAUACGUGCGAAUGCGGCUUUAAAUGUAGAUGGGAAUCAGAGUUACGACGACACAAAUGGGUACACACUGGGGAAAAACCAUACAGUUGCAAAUACUGUGAUUACAAAUGCCGUCAGAUGACAAACUUGCGAACGCAUGAGAGGGUACACACGAGUGGCAAGCCCUUUAAAUGCGAUCGUAGCGAUUGCGAGUACGCGUCUCGAUAUAAACAGGCUUUGGUAAGACAUUAUAAGACGAAACAUAGGGAGGAUUUGCCUUAGCUUAGGCAAUGGGUGGCUCAACUUUUUUGUUGUUUGUUGUUAUUCUGCCUGUCUACCAAAGGACAAUAGUGACACAAUUUGUUAGUAGAAAAUGUUGUAUCAAGUGUUUUAACACGCUCAAUAAAAUACCCAUUAUGGUAUGGCUUAAUAACAACCACAAGAAUAAAUGUUUGAUCAAUUUAAAUACCAUAAAACCAGGACUUUAAAGAAUCCUCCGGAGGAAAGUAACCAAUGAAUGAAUGGAAGUACACUGGAUUUUUCUUGUAAAUGGACUUUGUUAGACUGCAAACUAAGUGGCUAUAGUUGUUUUUUUUUCUCUUCUCUACGUGUUAAAACACAAAGUUUUGGAGCUGUAGAAAGAAAACUAUAAAUAUAAAGUAUA